AUGCCAAUUACCAUUCGAAGAGCUACGAUAGAUGACAUGCUCUGCAUGCAAAAUGCUAAUCUGCACAACCUGCCGGAAAACUAUCUGUUCAAAUACUACAUGUACCACAUCCUGUCGUGGCCCGAAGCAUCAUUUGUGGCCACCACGACGGAUGACGUGGGCGUAGACCAGCUGGAAGAACUCGCUUCUGGCGCAGCCAAUGCCUCCUCCCAGUGUAAAUGCGAUCCAUGCUAUGUGCGUCCGGGUGAAAAACUCGUGGGCUACGUUUUGGCCAAGAUGAACGACGAUCCAGCUGCUGCCCAGAGUUCAGAUGCCCUCAACGGCCACAUCACAUCGUUGAGUGUCAUGCGUACGUACCGUCGUAUGGGACUUGCCGAAAAACUCAUGCGUCAGGCUCUAUUUGCAUUGUCCGAAGUAUACAAGGCCAACUUCGUGUCGCUACACGUUAGAAACUCCAAUCGCGCUGCGCUGCAUUUGUACCGGGACACACUGGAGUUUGAAGUGCUAAACGUUGAGAAAAGCUACUACUUGGACGGCGAAGACGCAUACGCUAUGAAAAAGAUACUCGAUACACAACAAUUGCUGCCUGCCAAUUUCCAGCGAGGUUCGAUUCAGGACGACCUGGAGUCCGAUCUAUUGGAACCAAACACAGAAUCAUCGUUGCAGGAAGGUAUUCAAAAGAUCACGGUUUAG